AUGAAAACAAAGGAAAAAUAAAAAGUAAAUACAACACAAUAACCAUAACCAUAACAAUAAUAAAUACUUUAUUAGAAGGAAAUUUAAUGUCAUUAUCAUCCAAACGAAAAACUAAAAUAUUUUUGUAAAAAGUCUGAUUGUAUAUAACCUUUGUGCAAAAUUUGUUUAGAUAUUCAUAUAGAGGAACAUUAAGAAUAAAAUGAUACUAAAUAAGUAGUUUCUUAUGAAAAAUGUUUGGCAGAGGUAUCUAAAAAAAUGUCGGAUAAUUUAGAAUAAUUUUAAGAUAAAAUAGGAUAAUUGCAUAAUCAUAUUGAAAGGAUUAUAAAUUUUUAAUUUGCUUAAAAUUGGAUGAGUUUAAUAUAAUCUUCAGAGAAUCAAAUCAUAGAUUUAAUAAGAAGUUAUUUUAACAAUUUAAGAUCUUAUUUAUUUUCUAUUUCUCCUGAAAUAAACAAAGUAUAUUCAGCUUAAGAUAGAUUAUUAGUAUGUUCUAAGAGACUUGAUUAAUUAAAAUAAGAAUUAGAAAACCUUAAGAAUGAAAACUCAGUUACAUAAUUAAUUUUAUAUUAUUAAGGAGAUGUAGAGAAAUUGAAUAAUAAAUAUUAUUAAUAUCUUGAAUAAAUCUUUGAAGAUUUGAAGCAAAUAGAUUAUAGUAAUAUAAAAGCACCUAAGAUUGAAAUUAAUCAUAAUAAAUUAAAUAAUUUCUUAGAAGUAUUGAAUCAAUAUAUAAAUUAUGAAAAAUAAUAAGAAGAAUAGGAAGUAGAAUAAGAGUAGAAAAUAGAAUAAGAUAAUGAAGUAGAAGAAGAGGGUAUGGUUGACAAUGUGAAAUAGGAAGUUACAGAAGAGGAAGAGCCUAUUGAUUUAAUAAUGGGAGAAGAAGAAUUAUCAGAUAAACAUUUAAAUGAUUAUUAAUCUAAUGAGGAAGAAUAAGAAUAUUGA